GAACCUCCAAAAGGGACAGAGGAACCCCCAAAAGGGACACAGGAACCCCCAAAGGGGUCAGAGGAAGCCCCAAAAGGGACACAGGAACCUCCAAACUGGGAAUCUCCAAAAGGGACACAGGAACAUCAAAAGGGGACAGAGGAAACUCCAGAGGGGACAGAAGAAUCUCCAAAAGGGACACAGGAACCCCCAAAAGGGACACAGGAACUUCCAAACUGGACACAGAAACCUCCAAACUGGACACAGAAACCUCCAACGGGGACAGAGGAACCUCCAAAGGGGACAGAGGAACCCACAAAAGGGACACAGGAACCUCCAAAGGGGACAGAGGAACCCACAAAAGGGACACAGGAACCUCCAAAGGGGACAGAGGAACCUCCAAA